ACUGAGUUAUAACUAUGUGUCACUGCAAUUGUUUAAGUGCGGUUUACUUGAAUUUAUACACUGAACUAUCAUUGUACUUUUUUAGGGGUGGUAGAUAACAAUAACAACGUUGAUAAAGUUGGUUGUGCGCAGGAGGGUUAAGGAAAUUAUACUUGUUCAAACAAUGCAAAAUUACUUGAGAAGCAGUUGGGAAUUUGUCACUUGCUAAGUUCUAUACGUCGACGUGCCUGUCUACAAAAAUGAAGAUCAUCGCUCUGAUCCUUACCUGCUUAGUUUACUUUGAUUUUACAUGUGCAGUGUUAAGAAUCCGUAAAGAAAAUCUACAAGCAGCCCAAGAGGAUUUUAUUGAUGACCGAAGCGCCGUUUUUGUACAAAUGCCAGGCGAUCAUGUUGUUACUGGAACUCUAUACUAUUUUGCUUCUCCAGAAGGUAUUCCCAACUGGAUGAUAUCAGGAUCAUUACCAGGAUCUUCAGUUGUUUCACCACAACAUGUUUUUCUAUACAUGCCAGGUUACCGUCACAAGUUUGCGAAAGCCAAUCUCAAACUAAUUCUCCAUCAAAAAAAUGAUACUAAUAUUCAAGGGUUCAACUGUUUUGUCAAAUCUAAGCAUGCUGUUUUAAAAGCACAUCUUCUACCUCAACCUGAACGAAUUUUGUUGCCUUCAACCCCAUACAUUUAUGUACGAAUUCCAGUUUUCGGCUCAGUUUCCGAUACCGUUUACGCGGGAGAACUAGAACAUCUUGCGCAGCAGAAUACUCCUAAUUGGCUUCAAUCAGAAAACUGAAUAUUAAGAACUACUAUAGAUAUUCCAAAAU